AUGAAGAACGAAGAGGACAUUGACGAGCCACAACAGCCGCCACUGCAGUCAGGUAGCAUUGAGAGUCAGAAGUUGGAGGCUAUUGUGUGGACAACGCCAGCGGCUGCGAUGGAAAUAACUAAUUCUAGCAGCCCGACGAUUGAUGUGCUGUCUGAGGUGAGCCCUUUAACUCAAUCUAGCGUUAAAACGCCAACUAUAUUCUUAGAGCGUUGAGG